AUGCGUUCUUCGAAUGAUAUGCGGAAACUGGGACGUUCUUGGAAAUACCAAGCACGAAAAGAGCUUCAGGCUGCUUUCCCCGAGUCUCGUGUAUCUGCAAGCAAUGGCCAUGUCACUCGAGCCUCACGUGAGGAAGAAGAGGGCCUUGAAGAAAUUCGGCAGCUCAUGUCUGCUUUCGGCGCUCAGCAUAAUCCAACGCCAAGACUGCUCACCCUCAACAUGCCUAUCACCGAUGACACCGCUCAGGCAAGUGAAGCUCCUCUCGAGCAAAUCCUCCAAUUUAUGGAUGAGCGGUCGGAGCUAGUUGAGAUGCUAAUGCCGGAUGGCGAGGUUGACGACUUGGAAGUCGACGACUGGGAGGAUCUCCCAGAGCCAUUGGUUGACUUUGUUCAACGGCAGGAUGGACUCAAGCGCAAUAGAGAACCGAUCACAUCUCGCGAAGAGUUUGAGGUUGCCUACAGCCUUCUGACGAAAGGCCAAGAUGGCCCGAAAAUCUUGGACAUUACAGCUUACUAUAUCGGCGCUUUUUGUCUACGGCGAGUUAAUCGCCAGGUCUAG